AUGAGAAGCUUCCAACCGUACCAGAAGCAAGAAAGCAAAGUGGAGCCGGUACGUCCCACGGUUAUUGCAAAAGCUCCCGUUACGAGAACUAAUGUGGAGCGAAAAAUUCCGAAAAUUCAUUAUAUGGAAAGAGAACUGAAUAAUGGGAAAAUGGUCAGAAUUCCAGUUGUGGAUGACAACGCGGUUUUUGCCCUAAUGGCGAAUGGUUUCAAGAGAUGCUAUGCAGCGCCUGGAGAUGUGGAGUCGAUCGAGACUAAUCCAGAAAACUUGAAACAUGUGAUUUGCCGACCUUCCCCAUUUGUACCGAUUGUAGAGCAGUUGACCCCAUUUUCUUUGGCUACUCUCCUUCAACCGAGUCCCCAACAACUAUAUCUCUACCACGCCCGACAACAAACCCGUCGCCUACGAAGAACAAAGAAUGUAACUGCUGAAGAAUAUGCAAAGGCUCUCGCCGGAGACUUGAAUCCGCUGCUCAAAAAAUACAGAACUCACAAACGUCAGCAAAAAUCGUUCCCAAUGGAACCGAGAAUGCCACAAGGAAAAUAUCCAGAACCACCUCCAGCCGUCUCUGUCGCUGAGGAAAUCUUUGUUGAUGUUGAGACAAUCGAAGACGAAGACAAUGCUCACAUUUUGUCAGUUCCACAAGAUAAUUCGGCAAAUCUGGCAAUCAGCAAAUAA